GGGAUGUCGGGAAACCGACUACUGAGGACGGCGCAGGUGUACACUGCACCGUGACUAGGAGGCGCCGCGGGGAUGCGAGGCGUCGGGGGGGGACUCAGCACGAUGCUGACAAGAAAGGUCAGCGUAGUGGCGAUCGAGGGCGGUGGUAUAAGGGCACCGCGAGGAGGUAUGACCAUCCUGGCGGCAGCGCAAGCACCCACGCUGGCCCAAAAUAGCCGCGCGCUCCUCAGCGGAAAGGACACCGCGAGGAGGAACAAAGCCCUGAGGGAGGUCGUGUUGAGGGACCUCAGGGGGCGACGUGCCAGCGUGACCGGGGCGGCUACGUGCCCAGGAGAGAGUGUAGAGGAUGAGUUGGAGACGCUCGGCGAUACGGAGAGUAGAGUCCUCCAUGUGGUGGUGGACGACCUCGCCAAGGUCGAGGUCCUCGCUAUGGUCACCCUCUGGCGACAGCGGGGCACCAGCGUCCUGCUCACCAUACUCGAGCGCGCUGAAGCGGCACGAGAAGUGGCGGCCCUGCUGCACGGAACGGCGGGGGCGACCGCUGAAAGGGGAACGGCGUUGGGAAGUGCCGUGAGAGGAGGAGGAGGCGUAGCCCGUGCGCUGAGGCUGGGAGGAGGCGGGUUGAAGACGGGCCCGCAUCCGCUGAUGGUCGCUGGCGGCCUCGUAAGCCUGCGGGGCCGAUGUGAACUUGUACCGCCAUAGCUCGGAGCGGUACUCGAGCGGAAGGCUGGCCAAGAAACGAUCGAUAAGGGCAGCUUCGGUGAGGAACGCCAUGUCACAAAUGGGGGGGGCGUCCUAAAAGACUUGGAUGUGGCGAUCCAUGCCGGCAGCGCCACCAGAGCCGGACCAGCGUGUAGUGAAGACACGCUCGAAGGCGUCAGUCACGUCAUGCCGGACUCCGAAGCAAUCCUCGAGGAACGCCUGAAAAUCCAUGAAGGUCGGAGUCCGACCCGCAUGAAGGGAGUAAGCGUCUGUGUUACCGCGAGAUCAUUGAACGCGGGUUUUCCGUUCAAAAAUUAAACGGAAUGAACGCGCGUUCAGUGA